AUUCUGCACUGAGGCAAUUAAAAUGUUUUUUAAUUUAAAAAUUCCUCAGUCACAUUAACCAUAUUGCAAGUACUUAAUAGCCAUAUGUUGCUUGCUAGAGGCUGCCGUGCAGAUAAAGAACAUUUCUAUCACAGAAAGUUCUGUUGGACUGUAGUGCUCUAGACCCUUUAAGAGAGGUCAACAGAGAGAGACAACCUUGACCUCAAGGACAUGAGAACAGACACAAGAAACAGGGAAACACAAAACAAGGGUUACCGCUGAGAGACCAACAGGAGUGGCCAGGUUUGUCAAACCACAAUGUCUACCCCAAAAAAGAGACCCCUAGGGGACUUUGACUUGAUGGCAAUGGGUUCGGAUUUUUUGGAUUUAGGGGACUUUGCAAAGCAGCCUGAGUGACUUAGUAAACUUCUAGCUUCCCUCCCUGGUCACCCCCAAACCGCUUCUUAAGAUAGUCAUUUCCAGAUUGUUGUUAGGUGCCAUCGAGUCUGUUCCAACUCAUAGCCACCCCAUGUACAACAGAACAAAACACUGCCUGGUCUUGUGCCAUCCUCACAAUCAUUGUUAUGUUUGAGCCCAUUGUUGUAGCCACAGUCCAUCUCAUUGAGGGUCUUCCUCUCUUUUGCUGACCCUCUACCAAGCAUGAUGUCCUUCUCCAGGGACUGAUUCCUCCAGACAACAUGUCCAAAGUAUGUAAGAUGCUGUCUCACCAUCCUUGCUUCUAAGGAGCAUUCUGAUUUUAGUUCUUCCAAGACAAAUUUGUUCGCUUUUUUGGCGAUCCAUAGGGUCGCUAUGAGUUGGAAUCGAAGGCAUUGGGGUUGGGUAUAUUCAAUAUUGUUUCCAACACCACAAUUCGAAGGCAUCAAUUCUUCAGUCUUCCUUAAUCAUUGUCCAGCUUUCACAUGCAUAUGAAGCAAUUGAAAACACAAUGGCUUGGGUCAAGUGCACCUUAGUCUUCAAGGUGACAUCUUUGCUUUUUAACACUUUAAAAAGGUAUUUUGCUAUACAUUUGCCCAAUGCAAUGCAUCUUUUGAUUUCUUGACUGCUGCUUCCAUGGGCGUUGACUGUGGAUCCAAGUAAAAUGAAAUCCUUGCGACUUCAAUCUUUUCUCCAUUUAUUCAUGAUGUUGCUUAUUGGUCAAGUUGUGAGGAUUUUUGUUUUCUUUAUGUUGAGGUGUACACUAAAUGCUUCAAGUCCUCCUCGCUUUCAGCCAGCAAGGUUGUGUCAUCUGCAUAACACAAGUUGUUAAUGAGUCUUCCUCCAAUCCUUCUUCAUAUGGUCCAGUUUAUUGGAUUAUUUGCUCAACAUACAGAUUGAAUAAGUAUGGUGAAAGGAUACAACCUUGAUGCACACCUUUCUUGACUUUAAACCAUCCAGUAUCCUUGUUCUGUGUGAGAUUUCAAAGGGCAGCUCAAGAAGACAAAGUAAAGUAUUAUAACAUGUACAAAGACCUGGAGUUAGAAAACCAAAAGAGAAGAACACACUUGGCAUUUCUCAAGAUGGAAGAACUGAAGAAAAAAUUCAAGCCUUGAAUAGCAAUAUUGAAGGAUUCUAUGAGGAAAACAUUAAAUGAUGCAGGAAGCAUCAAAAGAAGAUGGAAGGAAUACACAGAGUCACUGUACCAAAGAGAAUUGGUUGACAUUCAACCAUUUCAGGAAGUAGCGUAUGCUUAGGAACCAAUGGUACUGAAGGAAGAGGUCCAAGCUGCACUGAAGGCACUGGCAAAAAACAAGGCAUCAGGAAUUGACGGAAUACCAAUUGAGAUGUUUCAACAAACAGAUGCAGCACUGGAAGUGUUCACUAAUCUAUGCCAAGAAAUUUGGAAGACAGCUACUUGGCCAACUGAUUGGAAGAGAUCCAUAUUCAUGCCCAUUCCAAAGAAAGGUGAUCCAAAUGAAUGCGGAAAUUCUAGAAAAUAUCAUUAAUAUCACAUGCAAGUAAAAUUUUGCUGAAGAUCAUUCAAAAGUGGUUGCAGCAAUACAUCAACAAGACACUGCCAGAAAUUCAAGCCAGAUUCAGAAGAAGAUUUGGAAUCAGGGAUAUCAUUGCUAAUGUCAGAUGGAUCCUGGCUCAAAAUAGAGAGUACAGGAAAGAUGUUUACCUGUGUUUUAUUGACUAUGCAAAGGCAUUCGGCUGUGUGGAUCAUAAUAAAUUAUGAAUAACAUUGCAAAGAAUGAGAAUUCCAGAACACUUAAUUGUUCUCAUUUCCAGAUUGGAGGUAUCAAAUUCCAUAACUUUGUUUUCCAUUGCGUUCAACCAAAAACGAAACAUAGCAUCAUGAUUAAGAUCAUAGGCUCUGGAAUCAAACUGCCCAAGUCAGAACCCUGUUCUAUUGCUUACUCACUUGGUUGACUUUGAGCAAGUUAUUCAUUCUCAUAGAGGCUGCACUCCCUGUAAAACAGAAUCAAAAAACCUACUUCAUGGCGUUUUUAUGAGGAUUGCAUGAAAUAAUGCUCAUAAAGCAUAAUAAUGAUGCCAUGAAACACUGAGCACUCAAUAAAUAUUAGUUGUAAUUUUCCCCAAGCUUAAGCUUAUUUGGAAUUCAAAAAAACUCCCCAAUGGUCUAGGGUCUGGGGAUUUGGUGAACAUACGUGAUUACCUUAUAAUUUACCUGCUCGGAUUUUGGAACUUCCCUUCAUGCCCCACUUCAACCCUUCUAAUCCCUUUAGCCACCACUUGUCUGUUUGUCAUACUAUGGUGGCUAGCAUGUUGCUGUGAUGCUGAAAGCUAUGCCACCAGUACUUCAAAUGCCAGCAGGGUCACCCAUGGUAGACAGGUUUAAGUGGAGCUUGCAGAUUAAAACACUAGGAAGAAGGACUUGGUGAUCUACUUCUGAAAAAACUGGCCAGUGAAAACUUCAUGAAUGGCAGUGGAACAUAUAGUGCUGGAAGAUGAGCCCCUCAGAUUGGAGGGCACUUAAAAUAUGAUUGAGGAAGCGCUGCCUCCUCAAAGUAAAGUCUACCUUAAUAACAUGGAUGAAGUAAAGCUUUCAGGACCUUCAUUUGCUGAUGGGGCAAGACUCAAAAUGAGAAGAAUCAGCUGCAAACAUUCAUUAGUAAUUGGAACUAGGACUGUGUGAAGUAUAAAUCCAGGAAAAUUGGGAGUCCUCGAAAAUGAAGUAUGACCACUUGAAGAUCAAUAUCCUGGGCAUUAAUGAGCUGAAAUGGACUGGUAUUGGCCAUUUUGAAUCAGACAAUCAUGGUCUACUAUGCUGGGAAUGACAAAUUGAAGAGGAAUGGCUGGCAUCGCAUUCAUUGUCAAAGAGAACAUUUCAAGAUCUAUCCUGAAGCACAACACUGUCAGUGAUAGGAUAAUAUCCAUAUGCUUACAAGGAAUACCAGUUAAUAUGACUGUUAUUCAAAUUUACACACCAACCACUAAUGCCAAAGAUGAGGAAAUUGAAGAUUUUUACCAACUUCUGCAGCCUGAAAUUGACCAAACAUGCCAUCAAGGUGCAUUGAUAGUUAGCGGUGAUUGGAAAUGUGAAAGUUGGAAACAGAAGGAUUGGUAGUUGGAAAAUAAGGCCUUGGCGAUAGAAGCGACUCUGGAGAUCACAUGACAGAAUUCUGCAAGACCAACAACUUAUUCAUUGCAAGUACCUUUUUUCAACAACAUAAACAACAACUAUAUACGUGGACCUUGCCAGAUGGAACACACAGGAAUCAAAUCUACUCCAUCUCUGGAAAGAGAUGAUGGAGAAGCUCGAUAUCAUCAAUCAGAACAAGGCCAAGGGCUGACUGAGGAAUAGACCAUCAAUUGCUCAUUUGCAAGUUCAAGUUGAAGCCAAAGAAAAUUAAAACAAGUCCACAAGAGCCAAAGUACAAACUUGGUGUAUCCCACCUGAAUUUAGAGACCACCUCAAGAACAGAUUUGAUACAUUGAACACUAAUGACCAAAGACUAGACAAGUUGUGGAAUGACAUCAAGGACAUCAUACAUGAAGAAAACAAAAAGUCAUUAAAAAGACAGAAAAGAAAGCAAAGACCAAAGAGGAUAUCAGAAGAAACUGAAACUUGCUCUUGAAUGUAAAAUAGCUAAAGCCAAAGGAAGAAGUGAUAAAGUAAAAGAGUUGAACAGAUUUCAAAGGCUGGCUCAAGAAGACAAAGUAAAGUAUUAUAGUGAUAGAAGACCUGAAUGAAGACCUGAAGUUAGAAAAUCAAAAGAGAAAAACACACUCAGCAUUUCUCAAGCUGAAAGAGCUGAAGAAAAAAUUCAAGUCUCAAGUUGCAAUAUUGAAGGAUUCUGUGGACAAAAUAUUGAAUGACGUGGGAAGCAUCAAAAGAAGAUGGAAGAAAUACACAGAGUCACUGUACCAAAAAGAACUGGUCAACAUUCAACCAUUUCAGACGUAGCAUAUAAUCAAGAACCAAUGGUACUGACGGAAGAAGUCCAAGCUGCACUGAAGCCAUUGGAGAAAAACAAGUCUCCAGGAACUGAUGGAAUACCAAUUGAGGUGUUUCAACAAACAGAUGCAAUGUUGAAAGAGCUCACUCAUCUAUGCCAAGAAAUUUGGAAGACGGUCAUCUGGCCAACUGACUGGAAGAGAUCCAUAUUUGUGCCUAUUCCAAAGAAAGGUGAUCCAACAGAAUGUGGAAACUAUCAAACAAUAUCAUUGAUAUCACGUGCAGAUAAAAUUCUGCUGAAGAUAAUUUAAGAACAGUUGCAGCAGUUCAUCAAAAGGGAACUGCCAGAAAUUCAAGCCAGAUUCAGAAGAGGACAUGAAAUGAGGAAUAUCAUUGCUGAUGUCAGAUGGAUCUUGGCUGAAAGCAGAGAAUACCAGAAAGAUGUUUACCUGUGUUUUAUUGACUAUGAAAAGGCAUUUGACCGUGUGGAUCAUAACAAAUUAUGGAUAACAUUGUGAAUGGGAAUUCCAGAACACUUAAUUGUGCUCAUGAGGAACCUGUAUACAGACCAAGAGGCAGUCAUUCAAACGGAACAAGGGGAUACUGCGUGGUUGAAAAUCAGGAAAGAUGUGUGUCAGGGUUGUAUCCUUUCACUAUACUUAUUCAAUCUGUAUGUUGAGCAAAUAAUCCAAGAAACUGGACUGUAUGAAGAAGAACAUGGCAUCAGGCUUGGAGGAAGACUCAUUAAGAACCUGUGUUAUGCAGAUGACACAGCUUUGCUUACUGAAAGUGAAGAGGACUUGAAGCACUUACUGAUGAAGAUCAAACCCCACCUCAACAUAAAGAAAACUCCUCACAACUGAGGACAGAGAAAAGAUUGAAGUUGUCAAGGAUUUCAUUUUACUUGGAUCUACAAUCAACGCCCAUGGAAUAAGCACUCAGGGAAUCAAAAAAUGAUGUGCUUAUCUACUCCUAAUUUCACAUUACGACAAUAGUAAAAAAUCCACUAUCCCCCUAUUUUGCGCAUUAAUAACUUAUGUCUGGCAGCAAGGAACACCGAGGUGCAAGGUGAGAGUAAAGCUGGCUGUGAUGGUUCAGGUUAUGUGUCAACUUGGGUGGGCCAUGAUUUUCAGUAGUUUGGCAGUUCUGUAAUGAUGUCGUUUAGCAGUUAUAUAGCCUCCAUUUUGUGAUCUGAUUUGGUCAUCCUCCAUUUUUGCAUAACACUGAUUUCCACAUAACAACUUGGUCUUUGGAACCUAGCCGUGUCUAAAGUGAGGAGUGGGUGUGUUGCAUUGGGCAAAUCUGCUGCAAAAGACCUCUUUAAAGUGUUAAAAAGCAAAGAUGUCACUUGGAGGACUAAAGUGAACCUGACCCAAGCCAUGGUAUUUUCAAUUGCCUCAUAUGCAUGUGAAAGCUGGACAAUGAAUAAGGAAGACUGAAGAAGAACUGAUGCCUUUGCAAUGUAGUGUUGGCAAAGAAUGUUGAAUAUACCAUGGACUGCCAGAAGAACAAACAACCUGUUUGUCUUGGAAGAAGAACAGCCAGAAUGCUCCUUAGAAGGCAGGGUGGUAAGACUUCAUCUUAUGUACUUUGGACAUGUUAUCAGGAGGGAAGAUCAGUUCCUGGAGAAGGACGUCAUGCUUGGUAGAGGGUCACUAAAAAAGAAGCUCUCAAUGAGAUGGAUUGACACAGUGGCUGCAACAAUGGGCUCAAACAUAGAAAUGAUGGUGAGGAUGGCGUAGGAGUAGGCAGUGUGUCAGUCUGUUGUAUUACAGGGUUGCUACGAAUUGGAAGGACUCCAGGGCACCUAAUAACAACCAUCCCUUUAGGCUUUUCUGGGCCUCCCCAGCGCCCUGACGUGAUUGCACAGGAAUCUAGCGUGACUGCUCAGAGCCCUGUAUCAGAGGCUGAUGACUUAUUUUGGGUAGUCAUUCUCUUUCUCAUCUUUGACCUUCCCUUCAUUACUUAGACUCAGGCCCCUUCAGUACCAAUUAUGUUCCUAGGAGGAAAAAAGAUCACAGGAGAACGAAGUUUCAUACUGUGGGGGAAAUCUGGAGACUGCUGUGGGAGGAUGCAGGUGAAUCUAAAGAUGCAGGAUGCUUCAGGAUCUUGCAGUUUUACAGGCCAAGGGAAGGCUGAGGGCCGGUGUCUCAGUGUUGCCUGCUCACAGGCAUUUAGAGGGAGUAUAAAGCGGGCCUUGCCUGCUCCUCAGCAGCGUAAGAAACACAAGUUACAGUGGACAUGCAAAUUCCCUGUAAACAAAUUUCUAGGAGUUGGUACAGGGACCUCCAACCAGGCGACUCCUUUAAGAGGCGGGCCUAAACCCAGCUAACAGACAAAGUGCCCGCCCCCGGUUGCCAGGGUGCUCUGUGGCGUCGCAUUCUCAUUGGUGGGCGGCGGUGGGGAGGCACCCAUAGGCAGCCAUUUCCAACCAGCUGGCGGGGGCGGAAGAUGGCGACGCCCCUCGGGUGGUCGCAGGGGGGGUCAGGAUCCGUAUGUCUAGCCUUUGACCAACUGCGGGACGUGAUUGAAUCUCAGGAGGAAUUGAUCCACCAGCUGAGGAACGUGAUGAUUCUCCAGGAUGAAAAUUUUGUCAGUAAAGAAGAAUUCCAGGCAGUGGAGAAGCAGCUGGUGGAAGAGAAAGCUGCUCAUGCUAAGACCAAGGUCCUCCUGGCCAAGGAAGAGGAGAAAUUACAGUUUGCCCUUGGAGAAGUAGAGGUGCUGUCCAAACAGUUGGAAAAAGAGAAGCUGGCCUUUGAAAAAGCGCUCUCCAGUGUCAAGAGCAAAGUCCUGCAGGAAUCCAGCAAGAAGGACCAGCUCAUCACCAAAUGCAAUGGAAUCACAUGUCUGACUUCCGGAUCCAGAAGCAGCAGGAGAACUACAUGGCCCAGGUGCUGGACCAGAAGCAUAGAAAGUCCUCAGGAAUGCAGCAGGCCCGGAGCCAGCGUCUCAGGGAAAAAUAAAAUGAUCAUCACUUUCCUAUUCUCUGGCUAUAAUGCCCGACCUCCGCCUUUUCUGCUCUGGGGAUCCCCAACCCUGCCCUUGCCAUUCCUGCAGGUACCCCCUCCCUAGGCCUGGCCAGUGACCUGAUCUCUAGGGAAAGGACAGGGGAAGAGGCAGCAGGCAUGCUCCUUCCUUCCCCUCUGCCUUCUGGGGCCAACUCCUGGGCCUGGGUCCCUAAGUGAGAAUCAAGUUACGAGGGACUGGGUGGGGACAGGCCUUAGACCACCACCUGUAGGGCCACUCCUGGGCUCAGAAGGGGCUGCUGCUCAAACCUCCAGCCCCUGCUACAUCCUUCCCUCUCUGGGGUAGGAAUGGGGGUCCACGGGGCUGGGGGAUUGUAACCU